UGCUAAGAUUAUUUAUUUUUGCUGAAAUUAACGAACAAAUUAAAAAAUUGUAGCUAUGAAUGUGUUGCGUACAAGCAAACCUUGGUGGUGCUUUUUGUAUGUUUGUUGUUGAUCGGUUUAAGGAAUCUGUUAGCUUACUUUACAGUGUUUUGUUGGUUUUGCUUUGCUGUUUUUAAGAUAAUUUAUGGGUAGUUGACAUAUUUUGGCUUCUAUUAGAUAGUUUAUUACAGUUUCAGUUGACAUUUAGGAUUGUUCAUUUGAUGCUCAUGGUGAUUUAUAAUCAAUCAAGGGUGCUGUGUUUUAUGAGAAGAGUUGGAAGUGAAUUGUGUUUGGCUCAGUUGAAAACGUUGAUCAGAAGUUAAUUAGAAUAUAAUGCUUUUCGAUGUUAGCUUUCGUGAGGUUGCACAACUAAUUGUGAGUUUUGUUUUGAACUUUAUCAGGCAGCUGUGUCUAUUCUGCCUGCAACCAUGAAUUCUAGCUGCUUCGUUGUUUGCUGGUUUCGCGGUCAGAGAAUUUGUGCUGCACGUUAUUGCUGGGUAAUUAAUAUGUGUUCGUCUGUGUCUUUUCAAUCUCGUGAAGUGUUUGUUGAUCGAAUGUGGACUCCUUUGGUGGAUACGUAGUGUUUGCUUCUUUGUAGAUUUGGAAACGUUGUUUGCGAGAUUCAUCUACAUUUUGAUUUGGCUUAUGUAGUGGGGUCUAUUGGGUUUUCACUUUGAUUUAAUCAUGUCGUUAGGAUUAGAAUAGUGCUGCUUAUGUUAGGAGAAAUAAGCAGGAAUUAGUGACUGUUAUGAAAAGAAAAGUUGAUUGGAUUCUCUUAGAAAAACAAAAGAGCAGAAUAUAGCUUAUUCAGUUUGACAGGGUAAUCAGUUAUUUUUCUACAUGGGUUUACCGCAAGUUUCCUCCAGUGAAGCUACUAACGGAGAUGCUGCCGCAUCAUGGGGCUCAUUUUUGCAAAGCCCAACGCAAUUUGCUGGUGUGAGCACCUGUGAUUUGGAUGGAUUGGACACAGGAAAUGCAAGCCGAACAUUAGGAGAUACUCUAAGUUCUUCGUUGGGGGAUUUUCAGAGGAAAACCUCUUUGGAGCUUUCAAACUUUGCGGACAAUUCAUUAAGAUUGGAUGGGUCGGCAGAUGUUACUUCCAAUGUUCAUGGGUUGAAAACCGGUUCUCUGGGUAAAACUGGUCUAAUUACUCCUAGAAGUGGCAAGAGCGUACAACACCCUGCUUCUAGGAUUGUUGGGUUUGCAUCACGCGGAACAAGCUGUCUAAAUAAUGGGGUUGAGGAGUUCUCUGCAAAUCGAAUUUAUUCUUCAUCUCUUACUAGCCAAGCAGUUAAUGGUACCGAACAGUGCGGGUCACUUGUUAGAAAAAGGUUAUUGUCACCUCUAAGCAGCAUACUUUCUGCAGAACAAUUUAAUGGCGAUCCUCUGAAUAUUGGAUGCCAUGCUUCACAGAUGAAUUCUGCUCCUCUGCCUACUAAUUUAAAUCUUUCAGCACUACAUGAUCAUAAAAAAGCAAAUGUCGGAAGCAAUUUCAGUUUCACUACAUCAUCCUGCUCCUUUUCCAGUUGGUCAGAUAAAAGGGAUUUGUUAUAUGACAAGAAAACAAGCUCAUCUCUAUUUCUUACUGAUGGGCCUUUAUUGGAAAAUGAGCGCCCGCAGACUCACAAGACUUGUUUUGACUCCUCUGGGCAUUUCAUAGAAUCAAGAGAAGAAAGAUCUCGAAGCAGGGCAAUAUCGUUAUCCCCGAAAAAAGCAAUUGCAUGUCCUCUGUCAUUAUCUCCUUUGGGUCCUAAGCUAUCUGAAAGAAUGAAAUCAGGAGGACACAAGGAUUCGAAGACCCACUUAGAGGACUGCUGUUCAAACUUGGGGAACAGAAAACACUCACUUAACAAAAACAACUCAGGAAUUGUCUUAAUUCCUGAAGCAGAAGAUUGCAGAAUUACUGGCAGAUCAUUUGAAGACAUUGAUAUCUUUCACAGAGAGUUCCGUCCAUCUUCCUAUGAAGGUGCAGCUGACAGCUGGUUGUUGCAAGAAUCAGCUCCUUCCCAAAGUGCAAGAUUCGUUAGAAGUUUGAGUGGCCUUUCUGUUCGUAGAUCCUUGGUUGGUUCAUUUGAGGAAUCACUGUUGUCUGGGAGGUUCUUAUCUGGAACAUGCACCAAGAAAAUAGAUGGUUUUCUUGCUGUAUUAAGCAUUACAGGAGGAAAUUUUUCACCACAGUCGCAGAAGCUUCCAUUUUCAGUAACCAGUGUGGAUGGAGAUUGUUAUUUGCUGUAUUAUGCAUCCGUAGAUCUUGCAGGAAACUCAUCAAAGAAGAUUAGAGGGCAAAAAUCAAAAAAAGGCCCUAGUAAUGACGAUUCACAGGCAAUAAGGAGCUGCUUGCGUGUUCCUAUGAAAGGACGUGUGCAACUGGUUCUUAGCAAUCCAGAAAAAACGCCUCUCCACACCUUUCUAUGCAACUAUGAUUUAAGUGACAUGCCUGCCGGUACCAAACAGACAUUCUUGCGGCAGAAGGUCACUUUAGCUUCUUCUGGAACAUCUUCCUCAGAGCUGAAGCACGGACAGACUGGUUUGGACACAAAAGUGAAGGAUAAGGUGGCUUCUCUACCACAGAAGGAUAAUCAUUUAGUAAAUCCAGUUACCGCUCUUAGUGAAAACAGUGAGGUCAAUGGAAACAAAUGCAACGAAUUGUCAAAUUCUUUGGACACACAGAAUUUACCCAAACAACCACAAACUGUGGAAAAGGUGGGUGUUGAAUCAUUUCUGUGCGAGAAUGACUCAGGUGAUAAUAAUUGCCAGGGUACUACUGAGGUGGAGUACACUGGGUUGGAUAUUAGGAGCACUGGAAUCGACAGGAAGGCCAAUGAAACUGUCCAUAGUGGUGCUCUACGAUAUGCACUUCAUCUCCGUUUUAUAUGCCCAGCGCCUAAAAAGUCAUCUAGGUCAGUUCUAAGAUGUAAAUCUGAUCCUACAUCUGUACCUCAAAAGAGCCCUGCAGAUGUGGAUAGGAAAUUCUAUUUAUAUAAUGACAUGCGGGUCGUGUUCCCUCAACGCCAUUCCGACGCUGAUGAAGGCAAGUUGCACGCGGAAUAUCAUUUCCCGGACGAUCCAAGAUAUUUCGAUAUCAGCAACUGAAAUGUAUGAUCAUAUACCUCAGUCGAGAGCCGGCUUCUUUACUGACACUGUACAUAUUCUAUCCGUGUUUCUUUAUCGUCUCAUCUCGAAAUGGCAGUAAUACCUCAACAUGUAAAUACUCAAUUUAAUAAAAUUUGACUGGUUAAAGCUCUA